UUGAUCAUCAUACCGCUAAUACUGAGCCUUACUUUGGAUUUCUGGAGUCCAGCUAUGGCGGAUCAGUCAUCGGUUUUAGCACUGGUUAUAUUAGCAGUUGGAGUAACGGUACAUUUUUCGUUGCAUAAGGUAGAGGAGGGUCAUGUAGGAGUUUAUUAUAGGGGUGGAGCAUUACUCCCAGUGACCAGCCUACCUGGUUUUCAUGUGAUGGUACCUCUUUUGACCUCAUAUAAAGCUAUUCAGACCAUGCUUCAGACUGAUGAAGUAAAGAAUGUACCAUGUGGCACUAGUGGAGGUGUUAUGAUUUAUUUUGAAAGAAUUGAAGUUGUUAAUAAACUAGAACCAAAUAUGGUAUUAGAUGUGGUUAGAAACUUUACUGCAGACUAUGACAAGACACUUAUAUUCAACAAAGUGCAUCAUGAGUUAAAUCGGUUCUGCAGUGCUCACUCUCUUCAUGAAGUUUACAUUGAUCUCUUUGAUCAAAUAGAUGAAAAUUUGCGGACAGCUUUACAAAAGGACCUCCAUGAAAUGGCACCAGGCUUGAGAGUGCAGGCAGUGCGGGUCACUAAACCAAAGAUACCUGAAGCCAUAAGGAAGAAUUAUGAACUUAUGGAGUCAGAAAAAUCUAAACUUCUUAUUGCAGCUCAGCAUCAGAAGGUUGUAGAGAAAGAAGCUGAAACUGCUCGACGUAAGGCAGUCAUUGAAGCAGAAAAAGAGGCUCAGGUUGCAAAAAUUCAGUAUGAGCAGAAAAUUAUGGAAAAAGAAUCUUUACAGAAAAUUGAAUUAAUAGAGGAUAAUAUUCACAGAGCAAAGCAGCAGACCAAAGCUGAAGCGGACUUUUAUCACUUGAAAAAACAAGCAGAGGCAAACAAGCUGCUUUUGACAAAAGAAUAUUUGGAAUUGAAGAAGUAUGAGGCUCUAGCACUAAAUAAUAAAAUUUACUUUGGGAGCGAUAUUCCUAACAUGUUCUUGCAAGCCAAUGUUGGUGAGAAUAUUCCAAAGAGUGUUCAAGUUCAAUGA